UCAUUAAAAAUAGUGUAAAACGGGAGUCUUUAUAAAAUUAAUGUAUUUAAAGCGAUAGAUAAGAAGUUGAUUAGUGCAAAAAACAAGAGAGAGACUUGAAAACAAGUCAAGUUUAAAGAAAAAAGCUAAAAAUAAAAUUUUGAAUUCAGUUUCCUUAUUUUUUAAUUCAUUUUUAUAUUAAGAAAUAGAGCAAUAUUUUAACAAAUAGCUAUGUACAAUAACAAUCAGACUAGACAUCCGCCACCUCAUCAAAUGUUCACAUCCAGUCAACCACCUCGAAAUGAUUUCAAUAAAUCUAUUGGAUCUGGACCUCAGUUUUAUACAAAACCUCCAUCAAAUCUUCCGUCUAAUCAAACAAUCGAGUUUGAUGAAGGUCCAAAAAUUACAGUUUUUAUCGGCAAUAUAAGCGAAAAAGUCCCAGAUGCUAUGAUUAAGAAAAUAGUAGCAGCUUGCGGACCUGUCGCGAAUUGGAAAAGAGUUUCAACAUUUGGAUUCUGUGAAUUUGAUGGCCCAAAAUCUGGAGCAAGAGCUGUGCGAUUAUUACAUGGAUUCGAAGUUGAUGGGAAGAAAUUAGUGGCAAAAGUCGAUGCCAAAAAUCAACAGUUACUUGACACGGCAAAAGAUGAAGAAAAUAAAAAAUCCGAUGCAAAUAAUACGAGAAAUACAGAUGCGGUUAAUGAAAAGAAAAAUGACGAUUUGACAAUUGAAAGAUUAAAUCAGAUAGUUGACGAACAUAAAGAGGAAUUAAAGGCAGCCAACUCAGGUGAAAAUCAACAACAUCAUCCAAGGAGCAAACAGACAGUGCCAUCAAUAGAAAUUGAAGAAGGAAAGAGAGAUUUGAUUAAUAAAGAAAUUGGUCGGUUUCGUAAGAAUGCUGAAGAAGAAGAAGCUAAAAAGGAAAAGGAUAAAAAGAAACGCGAAGAACGUGUAGAAAAAGAACGAUCCGAAAAGAGACACACUCCAUCACCAGACCGAAAAAGACGUCGUUCAAGAUCCAGGUCCAGAGAUAGAAAUCGUGAAGUUGCAGCAAGUUAUUCGUAUAGGGAAAGGGAGAGAGAGCGAGAAAGGGAAAGAGAAAGGCGUGAAGUGGAUAGACGUCGUGAGCAGGAAAUGAGAGAAAAGGAAUCAAGAGAUCGUGAUAGAUUUCGAGAAGAACCAAAAGUGAUGAAAAAUCCAAAAGAAAUUCAACGAGAAAAAGAGAUUGCAGAAGAAGAAUAUGAACGCCGUCGAGCACAAAAACGUGCCAGAGAUAAGCAUGAAGACUAUCUAGCUCGAUUAGAAGCUUGGGAAAGCAGAGAACGUAAAAAAGCUAAAGAAUAUGAGAAGCAGCGAGAAAAGGAACUUAAACGGGAGGAAAAACGAGAACGAGAAGCUAAAAUAAUGAAAGAAUUCCUUGAAGAUUAUGACGAUGAACGAGACGAUCCAAAAUACUACAAAGGAAAGGCUUACAAAACUCGUAUGGCAGAUAGAUUGGCUGAGGCAGAUGCUGAUUUGAAGGAUCGUGAUGAUGAACGAGAGGAAUUAGACAAAUUAAAGGCUGAAAUUUUCAGUGGAAAAUAUGACAAUCCAACUCAAGAAUUUGAACGACAAAAACAAGAAAUGGAGGAUAGGUAUAAACCGAAAAUAUUGAUUGAUGUAAAUCUUGAAGAGAAUCAGCAACGUGAGCAAGAAUAUCAGCGAGAAAAGGCGCGUGAAGCAGAUCGUAUAAGAGCAAAAGAACGUAGAUUACAACAAAAGGAACGUUAUGUGAAAGAAAAAUCAGCACGAGAACUUUCAACGAUUGAUGUUGAACCAAUUGAUUCCGAUUCGAGCGGUGCUCAUAAUUUCUCGCCAUCCAAUGAAAGGGAACAAUCAAAUUCACGUGACGGUAUGGAUGAUGAGUUAUCAAGAAAUUCACUUUUAUCAAAUUCAAAUACGCCAACAACACCGAAUAGUCCUGGACAGAAUAAUUCAUCAGGUGGCACAACGGGAAUAGGAAUGGGCUUUAGCUUAAGUUUAAAUAAAAAGCGCAAAAUAGAUCCUAAGAGUGCAUUCAGUAUGGAUGAUGAUGGCGAGGAAGCAAAUGGACCAGCAAAGAAGAAAUUGGUUCCUCUAGACUAUGAAGAUCCUUCAGCAAAUAACAAGAAGUCGAAACGUGACGGAGAUGCUCAAAAGAAAUCAGAAGCCGACAUUGUUCGUUCACAAGAAGAGAAACGAAAAUUGCAUAAACAAAUAAUUGACAAAAUUCCCAUAGAUAAGGAAGAUCUCUUUAAUCAUCCACUAGAUCGUACCGAAAUUGAUGGAACUAUAAAGAAGAAGGUUCAAUCAUGGAUUAAUAAGAAAAUUAUUGAAUAUAUUGGUGAGCCAGAGCCAACUUUAGUCGACUUUAUAUGCUCGAAGUUGCUUGCUGGAAGUUCUCCGCAAUCAAUUUUGGACGAUGUAAAAAUGAUAUUAGACGAGGAGGCAGACAUAUUUGUGGUAAAGAUGUGGCGCUUGAUUAUCUUCGAGGUGGAGGCAAAGAAACUUGGAAUAAAAUAAUAAGUCAUAUUGUAAGAAUAAACUUCUACUAACAUAUUUUUUGCGUACAUUAGAAAUAAAAGAAAAAAUCAUCUUUUUUCAUACAAAAUUAUCAACUUAUCAAAUCAACUCAAUCGAAAUAAAGGACAUUAAUUAAAGAAUGGAAAGUCUGGUUACUGUGUAAAUCAAUCGAGUGUGCAUGAUCGUCGAUGACUUGUUAUCAUUUCUUGG